AUGGACUCCUCAAAUCUUGGCUAUGCGUAUCAGUUGCCCACAGGUGGGUGCAUGAUGAAAAUCCGGAACGUCCUGUCACAAUUUAGUGAUUUGUUCAGUGAAUUCAACCGAUACAUCGCCCCUGCUUAUCACCAUGAUAGAUGUGAAAGGUCUGUUCAAAUGCGCCUGUAUUCCAUGCACAAGAGGGAGUUUUGCAUGGUUUUCCUUGCUUUUUUCAUCAGUCUUGGGCUUGCUAUUUUCAUCGGUUUGGCAGGACCGCCUAUAACAUCCACAACAGAACAAAAAGCAUCUGAGAUUUUACAGCAACAAAAUUUAAGUAGCAGUUUGCUUGCAACUGGUCCAUUUACGCUUCAUACCCCUACGUUGUCUACCUACCAUCAGCAGUUAUGGGUAAUUGCAGUUGUUCGAACGGAUAAUACAGAUGAUGAAAGUUUUGACAAAGUCUUCCAAGUCGGUGUCUUGCUGAGUGGCAUAGAGAACAAACAUGAAAUUGCAAUGCUGCACUCAGUUCACAACAGGACUAGGCAUUUAAAAUGCUCUAAACAAACCUGCGAGCAAGUCACGAUUCUGCAUCUUGGUUUUAUUGAUUAUGCUGCGUAUGUGGCCACUGUUUUCUUUUAUGAUCUGGAGAACUUUCACCAGCGCUACAAUAUCAAAGAUGUUGUUUUUUAUUUCAAAACGUAUAAUCCUGGUUUCACUCAACUUGAGCUCUGGUUUCGACUGUUUUACUUGUUGGGAACUUUUUGUUGUGCUGUUUGGUUUGCACAUACAUUACGGAAAUUCACCAUUCAUGACUGGUCUUUUGAACAAAAAUGGAUUUCUGUGCUUUUGCCGCUUCUACUAUUGUACAACAAUCCAUUUUUCCCUAUGCUGCUGUUAUUCCAUUCAUGGUUGCCAGGAAUGUUUGACGCACUUUAUCAAGCAUCGUUCCUUUGUGCUCUCCUCUUAUUUUGGUUGUGCGUCUACCAUGGUUUAAGACAGAAUGAAAGGAAACUACUCACUUUUUAUCUUCCCAAAAUAUUGAUUGUCGCUCCGAUCUGGACCUCUGCUGUCAUUCUUGCAACAUGGGAAAAAGUCAAUGCAAUGAAAGAUCCUACAUAUGAUCAUAAAUUUGAUACUCAGAAUUUUGAGAGUUUAAAGUCAUUUUUCUACAUUUUCAUGGGUCUCUACAUUUUUUACCUACUUUGCCUUAUCCUCACUGCUUAUAGUGAGCUAAGAUCAAUGCCAUUUUUUGAUAUGCGGCUAAAGUUCUUGACCAUGCUCAUGUUGAUUGUUAUUGCAAUUGGAAUUUCAAUAACCUUCUCAAGGUUUGGUGUGGAUAUUGUCGAAGAUAAUUUUAUCUCUGAUUUAUCUACAACAUAUGAAAGCUCUGUAGAAUUUAUGGCACUCUACGGACUCUUAAAUUUUUACCUCUUCACAAUGGCAUUCGUUUACUCGCCUUCAGAAAAUACUAUUUUUGAAACAGCCAUCACAAAGGACAAUCCUGCAUUUUCCAUGAUAAAUGACUCAGACGAAGAUGUGAUUUAUGGAUCUGAUCUUGAAAGCCGGCAGCCCCUCAACCAAAGUCAUAAUGAUGAUGAUAGUGACUAAGUCAACAACUGUAACGUUCCCAUAACUCAAAACCUUCAAGGGCUUAUCUUCUCAAACAAUAGACUGAUUAGAUAGACAAGAGAGAGCAACAUUGCAUGGUACAAAAUAAUGUUAAACAUGCGCAGUAUUCUCUUAAUGCCUCAAGACACAAGUGAGGAUGGGCUCAUUUUCUUGAAACUGUUUAUUUGAGAAAUUUUUCCUCCUCUAAAUUUUUUUAUCCCAAAAUUGAGGUUGAUACAUGUGUAAAAUGUAUCAUUAAAUGAAAUUUCAUCCCAUUAUUUUGCGUUCAAAAUUGGUUGAACUGAGCAGGAAAGAACGGUAUUCAACACUGGUUUUUGGGAGGGUCUCACGCUCCCAAGGCCCUCCCCUCCUCUUGGAUGCGCACGUACCUUCAGGGUCUAAGAGGAUUUAGUUAUUUUUUUUUUUAAGUGAGCUGCACAUCCAGCGCAGAAGGCAGAUGUAUUUCCCAAAGUGGGAGUCUGCCUGUACAGUUUAUCAAAAAGCUUCUUUGUCGUGACCCAUUCUGUGAGGUACAGUUUGUUCAAACUCUUUUUACCUGUGACUGAUUGUACUACGAACUUCCUUCCUAUGACCCACUGAGUGACAAAAAGAUUGUCCAAAAAGUCCUUUUCAUGGUCCACUGUUCUCUGUUUCCCCAUGGAAUAGUGUGGACUCAGCACUAUUCUACGUGCCAUACUUCUAUAGUGUUUUAUCAUUACUAGUGCAUUAGCAUUCUCGAUCGGUCAUAACUAGUGUUUUUCUAAUGUGGUCUAUUGACCCUCAAGGGUUGGUGAAAACACGCCAGCUUGUGUGUAGAACAAGAUGCAGAUCAAGAGGGAGCUUAUGUUCCUAAUUAUAAAUACAACUUUGAUAACAGAUGACCCGAAAAUCGCAAAUAUUUUAAAUUUGACGAAGAUGUUGACUUACAAUUAUACUUGUUUCUCAUGCCAUGAUUUCGAAAAAUGCACUGACUAAUCUUCAUAUCAGUUCAUCGAAGUCAUGAUCUUUGUCUUUUAUGAAAAAAUCUUUCUGUUAAAUAAAUCAAAUUAUUUUUGUUAUGCCAAA